AUGUCUUUCGGAGGAACGGAAGAGUCGGACUACGUGCCGUAUCUGUCCGGCUCUCAACCCCCAUAUGAUGUGAAAGCCCGUUCGACCAGCACUACACCCGUGGGCAUCCCAUCAAAACGGACCUCGCGCACUCCGGUGCGUCGGGAAGUCCACCCCCGCACCCCAUCCAAAACCUCUGCGUCCUCUCGUCGAUCCUCUUCCUCUUCCUCCAAUGACCGCCAGAUCCCCACAUCAUUCGCUUCAAUGCUAGAUGCAACAGCGAUUCCUGUGCCUCGACGAACUUGGUCUACCCGAAGACCUCGGAAGCUUCCCCGAGGCAACAAUGUGGAGGAAUUCAGCCGGUUGAUGCAGGAAGGGCUCAAGUCGAAAGAAGACUAUUUGACAAGUGGAGUUGGCUAUUCUCCCUUGGACAUCUUGUUGAGCCCCCCAGACAAUGAUAAAUACCUUGGCAAUGAAUCGGAAUCCGAACCUGCCUUCUCAGCCCGAUCAAUCUCGAGCGACUCCAUGCCAUCCCUUGUUCACGACCUCGCAUCGCCAUCCAGUAUCUCUCAGCCACCUACUCCUGGUGGCCAAAAGAGUCCCUCCGAAAGGCGACAGCUACGAUAUACCCCGGCAGAGGACUGCGCUUUUGAUCACCCGCUCCUGGAAGCCGACAUUGAGGAAGGCGAGAUUAUAGAUUUUGACACCUUCAAGAAGCCAGCAGAAGACGUCAUACCCAGGAAACAGUCUGCCUCUCGAUCCUUUCCUCGUCUGAGGUCUUCGUUCAAAUCGAAUCUUACGGCAUCAUUACGCGCCAUCAAAUCUGCUGCGCAAUCCGUCUCUUCCUUGACAACGCCCUCAGUUCAACCCGAAGACUUUCUCACUCGAUCACUCUUCGCCAUUGCGCCUGAGCUGACGGAUGAUCGCCGUCCUCCACCGAUGCAAAAUCCCCCCUCCCCGGAAUUGCGACGGUACUUAAAUCCAACUCCUAUCUCCCCCGCCGAAAUGUGUGUCUAUCACGACCACCCACACGACUCUCCCGAGUUGACUCAGACUUGUGUGUCAAUUCAAAUGCAAACAUAUCGUCGCUCUCGUAGCCGCGGUCACCGGCGCAAUCAUUUCCAUGUGGUUUCUAAACAGAAACGCGACCAGUACUACACAUACGAUCCGGAAGUCCCGCCCAUGUCCCGCCAGCGCGAGAACCGCGAAAAUAGCGAUUUCCUUCGCAUGGUCGUCCUGGAGAUGAACAUGCGACGCAGCGGCAAACUCCGGGAAGACAUUCCUACUCGGGCUCGCAUCUGGUUACCCCCUCGCAAGAACAACGCAUACCGCGUGGCUGGAGACUACGACGACUGCGAUGAUAACAACAUCCCAUCCCGCUGGGUGGGUGUUUCGGCCUAA